AUGGCUGCAUCAUUCAUCGCUGCCGAAGCAUAUGGACACGGAGAUGUAUCAAAAGCUGCAAGGAUAAGGAUAGAUCCGGCAGCAUCCUAUUUCGUAAAUGGUUUGAGAAGUACCGACCCACCACGACUGGCUCCACGACCAAUAGUCAGCAUUGCACAAGUUGCUACCGUAGCCCCACUGAACAGAACUUUGCCUGUCUUGAAGCGACGAUCGUUCAAGCAGCAAAGCGAGCACUAUUUCCUGUCCAAAAAUCGCGAUUCCAUGAUCCUGCUGUGGCAAAGUGCAAGGUGUGCGAAGCUCCCAUGCCGUCAGCCCAGAUCAUGUCAUUGCACGAGCUGCAUAAGAAUGGAAUGUGCAUGUAUGUUCCAAUCCUGUUCACCAUUUGCGAAAGCAAAACAUGAUGGGCAACAUUCGAGCUAUGAAAGUAUGAAUGGUAUAGAAGGAACCUGCUGCCCACUCUGUGGCACACUGAUUCAGUGGAAUAUCCAGAUGCUGGAUCAACAUACACGAUAA